UUCAUUUUCGAAUAAAAUUCUUUCUGAAAAAGAAGAGCCAAUAAUGAAAAUAUUAAUAGCAAAGAAAGAACAUUCCCAAGAUGAUGAACAAUGUCUUCGAGAACAAAUGGAAAUUAUUAGAAAAAAUUGGACAGAACAAUGGGGUAGUGGGCAAUUAGACAGACUUAGACGUUUUGGAGAAAGUGAGGCUUUACAAGAACAACUAGAACGUACUCAGCAAUGGAUGGAGGAGUUUAAGGAAGUUGGUGAUUUGUGUUGUGCACUUGCCUAUUUUGAUGAACCCGAGCUAAUGGCAAGAAGAAUUUUCUUUAUAAAUGAUAUAGUCUAA